AGAAGAAGAAGAUUUUAAGCAGCUGUGGGCGCGUUUGGUACCAGCCUGCUGGACGCUGUUGAAACGAAGUUAACACGGCCAACAGCUGCUUGUGCCAUGAGUGAGUUCAGGAUCCAUCACGACGUGAACGAGCUGCUGAGCUUGCUGCAGGUGCGAGGAGGUGAUGGCGCGGAGGGAUACAUAGAUUUACUGCAGAAACACAGGACGCCUUAUGUGACCACUACUGUUUCCGCUCACAGUGCCAAGGUCAAAUUAGCAGAAUUCUCUAAAACUCCCGAGGAUUUCUUGAGGAAGUACGAGGAGCUCAAGUCCAAAAAUGCCCGCAACCUCGACCCUCUGGUGUAUCUGCUGUCCAAACUCUGUGAGGAUAAAGAGACGCUUCAGUCUCUGCAGCAGAAUGCCAAAGAGAGGUCAGAGUCAUCAGCCAACACAAACUCAACCACAACCACCAGUUACACUCUGCCUCAAACCAGCACCAAGAUGUCCAUGCAGGAGCUGGAUGAGCUGCGGAAGAAGCUCGGCAACGUCACGGCCAGCUCCAACGCCCCUGUGCCGGCUGAAGUCACACGGAAGAUGCUGAGGGACAAACACAACAAGAAGAACCCCACGGAGCCCAACCCCGUCUUUCCUGACUGGGUGUACGACCGUCCGGCUCUCCUCGGAGACUUUAUCACCAGCCCCGCCCCCGUAGGAGAUCCAGCCGUGCCCAUUGGCACGUUGCCCCUGGCAACCCAGGAACAAGCUCUGGUGGAGGACCUGCUGUUUGUGUUGAUUGGAGUUGACGGGCAAGACAUCACCGCUCAGCCUGUUCUGGGGAGGCAGAACCGCUCUUUUAUAGUUAAUCCAACAUUGGACCUGUCUAUCAAAGAACUGGUUACCAGAAUAUUACCAGUAGCAUCAUAUUACUCCACUAUAACACGAUUUAUUGAGGAGAAGUCAUCCUUUGAGUACGGUCAGGUGAACCACGCCCUGACGGCGGCGAUGAGGACCCUGAUGAAGGAGUACCUGAUCCUGGUCACUCAGCUGGAGCACCUCCAGCGGCAGGGCCUGCUGUCCCUGCAGAAGCUCUGGUUCUACAUCCAGCCCACCAUGAGAACCAUGGAGAUACUGGCAUCUAUCGCAUCCUCUGUAGACAAAGGAGAGUGUAUGGGUGGAUCAACGCUGAGUCUCCUCCACGACCGGACCUUCAACUACACGGGUGACAGCCAGGCUCAGGAGCUGUGCCUCUAUCUCACCAAAGCAGCAAGCGUCCCGUACUUUGAAAUACUGGAGAAGUGGAUCUACAGGGGCAUUAUCAAAGAUCCUUACAGUGAGUUCAUGGUGGAGGAACAUGAGCUGCAGAAGGAGAAGAUUCAGGAGGACUACAACGACAAGUACUGGGAUCAGAGAUACACAAUCGUACAGCUUCGGAUUCCCUCCUUUCUGCAGAAAAUGGCAGACAAAAUAUUAAGCACAGGGAAAUACCUCAAUGUGGUGCGUGAGUGCGGUCGAGAUGUGACGUGUCCAGAUGCUAAAGAGGUGCUGUACACCCUGAAGGAGAGAGCCUACGUGGAGCAGAUAGAGAAGGCCUACAACUACGCCAGCAAAGUUCUUCUGGACUUCCUCAUGGAGGAGAAGGAGCUGGUUUCACGUCUGAGAUCAAUCAAGCACUACUUUUUGAUGGACAAAGGAGACUUCUUCGUGCACUUCAUGGAUCUUACAGAGGAGGAGCUGAAGAGGCCGGUGGAUGACAUUGUUCCUCCCAGGCUUGAAGCGCUCCUGGAGUUGGCUCUGAGGAUGAGCACGGCCAACACGGACCCCUUCAAAGAUGAUCUAAAGAUUGACCUGAUGCCUCAUGAUGUCAUCACGCAGCUGCUGCGAGUGUUGGCCAUCGAGACCAAACAAGAGAAAACCAUCAUCAACGCCGACCCAACAGACGCGACUCUCAGCGGGCUGGAGGCCUUUUCCUUCGACUACAUUGUCAAAUGGCCUCUGUCGCUCAUCAUCAACAGGAAAGCGCUAACGAGGUACCAGAUGUUAUUCAGACACAUGUUUUACUGCAAACAUGUGGAGCGGCUGCUGUGCAACGUGUGGAUCAGCAACAAAGACUCCAGGCAGUACUCCUUACACUCUGCUAAAUGGUUUGCAGCAGCCUUCGCUCUGCGCCAGCGCAUGCUCAACUUCGUGCAGAACAUCCAGUACUACAUGAUGUUUGAGGUGAUGGAGCCCACCUGGCACAUCAUGGAGAACAACCUGAAAACGGCUUCAAACAUCGAUGAUGUGCUUUGCCAUCACACCAGCUUCCUGGACAACUGCCUGAAGGACUGCAUGCUGACCAACCCUGAGCUGCUCAGGAUCUUCUCCAAACUCAUGUCUGUCUGCGUCAUGUUCACAAACUGCAUGCAGCGGUUCACUCAGAGCUUGAGGUUGGAGCAGGGGGCGAUGGACGGGGCUCCAGCUCCGAGCGAACAGGCUGACGAGGCAGAAAAGAAGAGGCUGACCACAAAGUUUUUAGCCGAACACGUGGACGCCCCCCAGUCCGACCCAAACUUCAAAGCCACCAUCAGCAAGUUCGACAGUAACUUCACCAUGUUGCUGCUGGACCUGCUGGACAAGCUGAGCAUCUACAGCACCAACGACUGUGAACACAGCAUGAUCAGCAUCAUCUACAGGCUGGACUUCAACGGCUUCUACACCGAGCGGCUGGAGCGGCUGGCUGUCGAACGCAGUCAGAAAGCAGCAGAGUAGACGUCUCUGUCCAGAAACCAGCAAUAAAACAACCUCCUUCAAUUUUACAUAUGAAACGUCCUAACAUGUGCAGCUGAAUCAUUUAAUUUCCUCCGCUCUGAAAAUAUGUCCAGACGCUCCUUAUUGGUAACUUAUUGUACCUGUACAGUAUAAGAAUUCUGUGUUUGUAAUGAACUCAAUAAAAUAAGAAUUUACUGA